UUUUCCAAAAUAAAAAAAUAAUGGAGAUAAAAAUCAUAAAAUUGCUCAACGCAACCAUGAUUUCUUUCGUUGGAUGGCCGGAUCAAUAAUAAUUGCUUCCUAUGGACCUGUAUGUGUCCGAUGAACCUUGAAAUAUAAUAUGCAUGAAUAACGCUACUACAAAAAUAAAAUGUGAGCAAAUAUUGAUCAUCAUCUUUUAAUAGAUCAAACCCACCACAGUAGGACUCAUUUUAUAGAAUCGGACCAUCGAAUACAGAUGAAUGCUAGGACAUUGCAUACUCUGACCAAACUGGUUUAAAGUUUAAUUGGAAACAUGAAAUAUGUUUUUUUUUUAAUUAACUUAUACGUUGAAGACAUUUAAACUGUACUGUAAUAUACCGCUUGGACCUCAAUGCAUGUUGCUGCAAGAAGUUUGUCCUUUUCAAUGAGCCGUCGCAUAAGGAGACAUAGUAAUCUUGUUGAGAUGACACUGCAACAUGAACCACCACAGUUCACAUUACAAUGUUUUAGAGCAUUGUACCAUGGGAAAAACGUUUUCAUUUAAUCAACAGUGUGAUUAAAAAAGUAAUACACUUUGAAAUGUAAAUCAGGACACCUGGACAGACCAAAAUGAUAUUCAAGGAUCUGUAACGCCCAUUUUAGAUGAAAAAAAAAAAUCAGCAUGAAAUGAUUCUAAAUUAAAGUGUUUCUUUUUAGCUGAUGUAAAACACGAAAAGUAUGACGUUAUCGGCGAAGUACACAACAUGGAUUAUUCUACUUAUCGUUGUUGGCCUAAUGUUAUGCAUUAUGUCAUUAGAGAAAACACCGGUGGCAUAUCCGCAGUUUCGAAGAUUCAAAAGUUAUCAUGUUGCCGUUGACCAUUUUUCUCCAACCUUGCAUAAUGUUGCUGUUCCCAUGCAUAGAAUAUUCUUAAACAAAAAACAUAAUGGUAUCAAGGAACAUGUUCUUUUGACGAAAACCAGUUCUGACCUCAACACUGGCGUUCUGGACUGGAAAAAGCAGAUGACAUCAAAGACUUACAAAGGAAUCCAUAUACUGGCCACUGGAAGAUCAGGGUCAUCAUUCCUGGGGCAGAUUUUAGCAAAUAGUGGGCGUGUGUUUUACAUGUUUGAACCAGGAAGGCUACUUGAUAAAUAUGGUAAUAGACCAAACAUUCAAAACAGCUACGAACAACUGCAUCGCUAUGUAAACAUGAUCACAUCCAUGUACCACUGUCGAUUCGAAAAUAUGGAAGUCUAUCUAAAUGCACUAAUGAAGCUUAGCUACGAAAACCAAAUUGACCAAAUUCCUGAGUUAGCAGGUUUAGGCCUGGAUGUUUGCAAUACCAAGAAACACGCAGGACGAUCGCACAAUGGGUGCAGUCCGAUUACUAGUGAACUAAUGACCAAAAUAUGUAAAAAUAAGGAAUUCAUUGUCAUCAAGACUAUUCGAAUUUCAGAUAUAAUGAAUCUAACGCAAUUGGUUAACGAUAACGAAGUUGAUUUCAAAAUAAUACACCUCAUUCGCGAUCCAAGAGGAAUGAUUCUGUCAAAACUAAAGGCUUGGUUUAUAGAUGUCAAAACAAAAAUGAAAGUAGAGCACAGACAUGUUUUUGAUGUUCAGGAUUUAUCUCCAGGAAUGUACUCUGCUUUAGAUCACUGGUGUAAAGUUUGGAUAAAAGAUGCAAGUAUUGGGCAACAGAUGGUAUCAAAAUACAUGACAGUAAGAUACGAAGAUAUAUCAAUGAUGCCAUUGAUGUCAACAAGAGAAAUAUAUGACAAACUUGGUUUAGGUGAGGUUUCAGAACACGUUGUAAACUGGUUAAAUGAACAUACAAGGGAAUCAAGGGGUGACGAGUACUCGGUCUCUCGAAACUCAAAGUUAAACGCAGAGAAAUGGCGUCGAGAUAUGACGUAUAUGCUUGCAAAGCGCAUACAAGAAUUGGAAAAAUGUGGAAAAUUCCUGGAUAGAUUUGGUUACAUCAAAGUGAAACGCCCUCAAGACCUUACAAAUGCAAGCUUGUCGUUCAGUGGAAAAAAAUAUCAACAUAACGAAUAUAAUUAACAACAAAUAAUAAUAAUAAUAUUAAUAAUGAUAAUAAUAAUAAUAAUAAUAAUAAUAAUAAUAAUAAUUAAUAAUAAUAAUA